CUGGUUUCUAUGCGUGUGCUUCAUCACACGGACGUGAGCAUGCGCAAUAUUGGCCAGGCGACCGACAUGCAAUCUGCCCCCCACGUCCCCCGAGCUUUCCCCAGGGGAUCGUGGCUGAGGUCCCUGAGUGAUUUCUUGAUUGACUCAAUUGUGUGCUUCUCUGGUUGUCUUGCUUUCUUCCUCGCUUUCUCCCUCUACCUCCUUCCUUCUCCCUGACUCGCGCUCUAUCAUGUUGUUUCCUCUAGCAGUCGUGGUGUUGAUACCCUAUGCCACUGCAAUCACCAUCAUGUGGCCGGUGCAGGUCAUGCAGGGGACGAACCGCUCUGUUCAGUGGUCUGGCGGAAUUGUAACGUAGAUUUCUGCAACCACAUUUCCAUCGUUUUCUCAGGCGAUUUCUUCUACUACUCCAAGGAACCUUACGAACUCGAUGUCAACAGGUGUGCCGCCUACGUUACUAAGAUCAAGGACUUGCGAUAAUCCGUUUUCGCCUCUGGCUAGCCUCAACCCAACGCAGAGGCUGCACACCUACAUCGGAAACGACCUUGUAUUGUACUGGGUUAUAGAUGUGCCACCGGGGACGCUCAUCCAGUAUAAUGUCACGGAUUCUGGUGGGGCACACAUCAACAGCACAGCGCUGACUGUCCAGCCCAACCCAAUCUUAUCUAGCAUCUCUUUGCUGUCGACCCUUUCAGCACAAUCUUUGGCUUCUGUAUCUUCAGUCAGCGUAACUUCCCACAGUUCUACUAGUUCUCAGACCUCCACCAACCCACAGCCAACAUCCACACAAUCCAAAACUUCUGGCUUCUCAUCUCCGACACAAACGUCUUCAGGUGGAGGCAAUAGCACCUUUUCGAUAUCGACAAGUUUAUUAGCUUCCAUCUCUUCAGCCAGUGUAGUUUCCACCAACUCUACAGGCGCCCUGCCCUCUACUAACUCGAAUCCUACAUCCACAUCAACUGCAAUAUCCAACCCUUCAGCUCCGACCCAAUCGCCUUCGAGCAGGCGCCACGGCACUUGGGCAAUAGCCGUCGGGGUUUCUGUCGUUCUGUUGCUCCUUGGCCUUGGCGCUUUCUUUUUGAUAAGACGACGAAAGGGUCGUUCCAAAGAGAAGGAUGAUGCAUUUGAAAGCCCGCAUACAAUUUAUCCCCAUGUUCACGCUCCAGUCGUCACCCAGAACACAUCAGUGGACGUUGUUCCACCUUUGUACCCGAACGAUGUUUUUGCGCCUUCUGCCUUCCGAGGGACAGCGGGAAGUAUGAUGACGGCACCCACCAACUCAGACGAAGUGUAUUACAAUCGCGUUGUAAUGGGUGGGAGUGGCGGAUACCUUCGGGCUAACGAUACGUCAAGUUAAUCAUCAGCACUGGGGAACUAAUUAUUUUCCAACUCCCUCGCUUGCUAACAUGGACCUUCUCACUUGAUUCGUUCGCUUCGCGUUAUCUCUAUUGCUGCAUUGCUUGGUAUCUGGACUGUUACGUCCUUGAUAUUUUUUUUGAAUGUCCCCCGGCGUUUGGACCGGGCGAAAGGGUUGAUCCUUCGUAUGUGUCUGUGCAACGCGCGCGCGCGCAACCGUUUCGCUGAUCGGUCAUGAUCUGUCGGUGGUACAAUAGUCUACACUCUUGGCCGGAUCCAAUUUUGGUCUUUAGCCCCUCGAUUCAGUAGUAUUAGAAUUGAGUCUUAACAACCAACACUAUGUAAUUACAGCACUAUGGGAUAUCUUUCAAUUAGCC